AUGUCCCCUUCGCCACCACCUCCACCUCCUCCACCGUUUCCUGGUGGUGGUUUAGGGUUACCACUACCUCCACCGAUGUAUGAAGCCCCACAUCAACCAAUGUAUGGAGCACCACCUCCACCGUUGUAUGAAGGAGCGCCACCUACAGCACCACUUCCACCAACUCCACCGUUGUACAGAGGAGCGCCUCCACCGCCACCUCCUGGAAUACCUAAAUCUCCACCUCCACCGUUGCAUGCAGGAGUACCUCCACUACCUACAGCACCACUUCCACCACCUCCACGGUUGUAUGGAGGAGCACCUCCACCUCCACCGCCACCCGGAGGAGGACGUGGACCUCCUGUACCUCCACCGCCGCCUGGAGCACCUGGAUCUCCUCCACCACCUGGAGCACCUGGACCUCCUGGUGGGCCUCCACCUCCACCUGCAGGAGGAGGACGAGGUAUGGGACCAGGUAGAGGACGAGGACGUGGAGGAUCUGGAGCACGAAGAUCUAACUUAAAGCCAUUGCAUUGGAACAAAGUGACGAGGGCAUUACAAGGAAGCUUGUGGGAAGAAUUGCAAAGACAUGGAGAACCCCAAAGUGUGCCAGAAUUUGAUGUAUCAGAACUUGAGACACUCUUCUCUGCCAUAGUCCCAAAAAAAGCUACUUCUAAAGAAGCUCAGCAAAUCCGCUUGAUUAAUGAUAAAAGGAGAGUUGAUAACUCGCAAAUCAUCCUUAAUUACAAGAAGAAGCGAUAUGGUGGCUGCAAUUUUAGCUCUGAAUAA